AUGGGCGACCCCUUGUCCGUCGCCGGCAGCGCCGUCGGCAUCAUCUCCCUGGGCAUUCAGGUCUGCCAAGGACUCGUCCAGUAUGCUGACACAGUCCGAGGGCAGCAACGGGACGUGGACGAUGGCAUGGAUGAGGUUCGAUCGUUGCUCGCCGUUUUCAAAUCACUCGAACAAACCAUUGCUCGAAUCGAAACCGACAGCCCGGAGAAUGCCAAGUCACUCCUCGAACACCUUGGACAGGCUGAGGCGAAACUCCGAAGCCUGGAAGAGGUGUUAACAGAGGUCGGCAUCCCGGUCAACACCUCGAGCAUCAUCAAGGGAAAGAUGAAGGAAACGUAUCGGGCGGCGAUCUAUCCCAUGAAGAAAAGCAAGCUCGAGGGGGCUCGUCAGAGUGUCCAAUCCUUGUUGGGCAUCCUCACGACCGCCCUGCAGACAGCAGACCUGGACCUAGAAAUUUCGCAGGCCGAUGCCUUGAAGACUCUCCAAUCGAUCACCAAUUCCAGUGCUAGCGAGUUGAAAGCCGCCGUUGAAGCCAAUUCAACCCAGCUCGACAGCAUUCAGGCCACAUCUCGGCGAGAGUUUUCUGAUAUCAGCAACAGCCUCGUCUCAACCAGAGCCGAGGUUCAGGCGUUUUCAACCCGUUCAGCCAACCAAUUAGAUUCUGUUGGUGGUGAUAUCAGGGAAAGUCUUCAAAAUACUCAGCUCCUUGUUGGAAUGAUGAGGGAUCUCAGUCUCCAGAUCAAUGCCGCCUCAGCCAACUCUGUGCGUACAGGGUCUCACAACCAGAAUGCCCUGCUUAUGACAACGCUAGGCUCACGAGUUCCUCCAAGCUCUCUCAAGCAGGCUUGUGACUUGUACGCAACUGACACUAAUCUUAUUCCCGAGUUCUCUAGGAGUAUCAACGAAGUUCCGCAACCUCGCCGCCGUCGAAGGCAUUGGGGCUUCAGUCUGAGCCCAUGCUUGAGAUACGUGCACAUCCUCGCCGAAGAAGGCCCUGUGUCGCGGCUCAUUUCCGACUGUUUCCUUUCAAAACCCACUUCCCAUGUCAGCGGGCAAAAAGAGACCAUGGUGGAUAAGCUUCUGCAUAUGAGAAGGCAGAUCACAACGUGUUUCGAGCGAGGGACAGCAUCGCCGUAUGAUAUCCAUCCGUCUGUAUCUGUCCUGUACUGGAUGCACCUACUAGUUUACAUUAGCAGCUUUUGCCAACGGGAAGAAUACGACGAAGCAGCCUUCAGGGUUGCACUCGACAUGAUGCAGUGGCUUGCUGAUGCGAGUGCUCUGGAGAUGGCCAAACAGAGUGCCGAGAUGUGGAUGUUCUUUUUUUUCAGCCUGUGGCAAGGCUUGCUAUCUAGGUUGCCGGACAACGACAAGAACAGGGCAGUCGCGCUUGAUUUUUUCAGAUGCCUUCUGGAUACUACCGAACCUGGCGACGGAUCCGUCAUCAAACUACUUGUCGGUUCCAACUUGGAUUAUAUUCACCCGCUUCUGAUGAGUUAUGCAUCGCAAGCAGCGGAUGUGUCCCCAAUGGCCUGGGCAAUUCUCUCCAGGUCUAUGCCCGAGCUUGAAUACCAACUCAAACUCGCCCCAGCCUCGUUGUUUGAGAGAACUUAUGGCUACACGACGCUCCAACUUGCAAGAACUUGGCCACAAGGCUUGGCGAGACUCCUCCAAACCGAUACUCGUGCGCUCCUCCAUGAACCAAUGCCAAACGGGAAUCUGCUCACAUCUGAUGAUCAUUCUUAUUCUUUUUAUAAACACUUGGAUCUCUCCACCCUGGACACUUUGCUUAACGCAGGAUACACUCUGUUUCCGGGCAACAGCUACGACACAUUGGAAGAUCUUGUUACAAACUAUACGGAAACAGCUGUACCAGUAAUAGCCAGGCAUCUCUCCCAAAGGCUCCGACGACUGUCUGAAACGGCAGCCAAGUUUGGAAUCACAUCGAACCAUGAUCCUUCGAUCCCGGAUUUUGUAAUGGCAGCCCGCUGGUGCCUAGCUCUUGAGGAGUUGGGCGAGUUCAUUGAUCCAUCGAUACGAGUGCCCAUGAACGACAACAUGAUCCCUACCAUCUACCACAUUAGAAACAUGUCGCUCAGCUUCUUCCCCAUAUUUUACGAACACGGAUUUAUUCACGUCAACACAUGCGAUCAGAGAGGACUGCCGCCUAUGUUCGUAAGGCAGGGGUCAUUUCCUUAUGCCCACCAUCACUUCCUCUCCCAGCGCGUGCUAAACGGCGACUUGGGGGCAUUCCAUAACAUGCCAUGGCUCCGGCAACAUGGAUUUCUUGACCAGAAGCCUCAUGACCCUCUAGGACUAGGACUUAACAUUGAUGUAACUGGUGCCCACCGCGUCGCUGCUGAAAUGGGGUCAAGCCUUGACCUCGACCUUGACUAUCAACAAGACAUAGAUCAUUACUUGUCUCUAGCCGCAGACUUUUUGCGGCAAUUCGCCAGGAACUCCCAUCGAGACAAGUGCGUUUGCUGGUGCAGCUUUGAUGGUGACGGCUGUUCACCACUCAAGCUCCUCUACAAGUCCCAUGCACACCCAACAACCCCUUACAGAGGGAUCAGGGUGCGGGAAAAAAAAGAAUUCCAGACCAACAGCAUCAAGAGGCUCCUCUUCGACUUUGACAUGUUUGGGGACCCAACAGCAACUCCGACACCGAGUGUCAAACAACAGAGAAAAAGAGAGCAGACCACAAAUACGCAACCGUCGACGCGAGCCUUGGAGCUUGUUCGCCUCUUGACAUUUGAAGCGCUUGAGAUGACGCACACUUGUUGUAUGCUCGAGGGGUUACGGAAGAACGGCCACUACAUCGAUGCCAUUCUGAACUGCAACCGCAGCACCGCCAGAGACAUUCGACAGUCCGAGGAAGAGAGAAAGAACGCUGAGCUCCUCGAUACCCUGACGGAAGAAUUCUCCAAUGUCAUGCGGCAGGAUUAUCAGGAAAAGUCUCUACAUGAUUUCAUAUUCGGCUAUUGGAAAACUCGAAUCGAGGAUCUUUAUUCCGUGCGAGAAGAUGAGGUUCAGAAGAUGCAAAAGCACGUCAACAACGUGCGUACUGGUAUUUGGCCUAGGCCACUACGAAGGCUGCUCUGGCCUCGUCAACGAGAUGACGAAAAUGAUGAUUUUGAGUCAGUUCCCGAAGAGACCAACUCUGAUGAAGAUGCACCUCAUAAUGAGCAUUAG